UGUUUAUUAUGUUUUUUUGAGAGUGUUUCCUCCGAAAAGAAAAUGAAUAACGAUAAUACUAAUUCACCAUCAUCUCCAGCAUCUUCGUCUGAACCGAAUACACCAUCGUGUUGUGAUUCUGAAACAAAUAGUUUAUCACGGAUGAAUUCAUUGGAUUGUUGGGAUUAUAGUAUUGAAUUAGAAUGUUUAAGAGGAUCGCCAGAUUUGCAAUUGGCUGCAGAAUUAGGAAACACUCUGCUGGAGCGAAACAAAGAGCUGGAAAAGAGUUUACGGCAACAUCAGAAUAUAAUAGAAGACCAAGCUCAAGAAAUAGAAUACUUAAAUAAACAAACAGCAGCACUUCGGGAAGUAAAUGAUUCUCGUCUACGUAUUUAUGAACAAUUAGAAGUAAGUAUCCAGGACCUUGAACGAUCCAACCAUCGACUAGCGCUCGAUAAUACGAACGACAAGAAACAAAUCAAAAGUUUAUUAUCAAAUAUUGAAACAUUAGAAGAAAAAUGUGAAGAAUUGCAAAAGAAUUUAGACGAUGUCACAAGGCAAUUAAACUUAACAAGACGUCAUCAACAAAAAUGUAUUACUAUUGACCAAUCCGCUAUUACUGCAUCAUCACCAAACACAAAUGAUACAAUUCAUACAGAUAAAUUACGCUUAAGGCUAAAAGCCAUUCAUGAAAAUGGUAGUACAAAUCAGGAUUCAUUGCCUACAUCGCAAGAAAACCAGAUAAAAUGCGAUUCAACAACCUCAAUUGAUACUACUGAUAAUGGUAUCAUGGCCGAUCCAAAUAACGCAGCUGAAUUAAAUGAAGAAAUAAUGCAAUUAUUAAAAGAAUUAGCGGAUGAACGCGCACAAAGAACGCGAGAUCAAAGACGUGUCACAGAACUUGAAGAACAAAUGACAAGUUUAUUGCAUCAAAUACAAGCACUUGAACAACAAUUAACUGAAUAUCAUCAAAAAGAAGUUAUGACUAGCAUGCAUGAAGAAAUUAGUACAUUAGAAGAAGUCAGAGAAGGACAUUUAUGUGCUCGAUGUCUUCGAAAUGUCGAUGAACGGGCUCGUGACGAACUAUCAUCAUUAUUAGAUCAAGAAAGUGUAGUCUAUGAAGAUGAUAAUAUGCAAAGUAUGAAUAAUUCCAUAAUCAACGAAAUACCAUACCGAUCAACAAUAUCCUUAGAUAUUCAGGAUUCACACAACAAAGAUGCGGCUGACAUUCAUGCUACCGAGAAUGACAAGACCAAUCCAUAUCGAGUGCUUGUUGAAAAAUAUGAAGCGUUACUUCAAGUGGAUCGACAGCGACCAAAUCGUAUAUGUAAACGAAAUCCACCUCCAACAAAAAGUUUAUCAUUACAAGAAGAAUUACAGAUGUCGGGCGAUUUCAAUAGUUUAAGUACUAAAGAUACUGAUGACGAAAGUGGCCAUGGUGGUGAUAGUUUUAAAUUAAAUUCAAAUAAUAAAACAGUUAAUCCACGUAAACAUAGAAAAACAUUUUCGAGAACCCCAACAGAUUUCUCGGAAGCUGAAACAUCAUCAUCAGGUUUCUCCGAUGAAACAAGUAACAAAGCUACACAAACUGAUUGGCCACGACCAGGAUCGUUCUUGUGUACAAUUGCUGAUGGUGAAGAUUGUAAAUUCAGCAUAUAUGAUGAUGGAAGUCCAAUCGAUAGUCGAUUCCGUAAUCAUCCAGAAUAUCGGGAAUUAUUUAAAGAAAUCUUUUCAGUACUUAAAAAAGCAGCUGAAAAUAAAGAUGAAGGUGAACAACUUCCUUUAUUAGAUGACGCUGCUACUACUAAUCCGGUACCAAAAGUACCACCAGUAACCCCACAAACUGAAGAUGCACCAUCAGACUUCACUGAUGAUUGUCAAAGUGUAACUUCUUGUACAAAUUCCGAAAUGUCCACAACUUUAAUGGAAACGCAUGAAACAAUUCCUGAAAAGCGUGCUAUUGAAAAAGUAGAAACCUUAAAAACUGAAUUAGAAAUUGCACAACCAUUAGAAAACAAAACAGAAAUUAGAAAACCGGAAGAACCACUUAUUUUAAAACCAUACAAACGUGAACCAUUAGAAUAUAAUCCAGGUGGACUUCGUAAAAAAUCAUCAUCACGUAAAAAUGGCCUAAGAAAAUCAAAUGAUCGAUCUGAAUCUCCCGUAUUACCAUUAAGCAGCCCUAAAAUCACAUAUAGUACACGUGGUAAUGCAGCGAAAAAUGGUCGACGUCGUGAUUUUAAACCAUUGGAAACACCUUUACGAGCACUCACAGAGACUAGUCCUGAAUGGAAUGGUAAUUCUAUGCAAUUCUGGUCUUCAAAUCGCAAUUUAACAUCUCCUAGUCAAUAUGAAAUUGUUCAACCAAGUCCUGCAUCACAGGAUUUAAUUAAAUUGAAAAAUUUAGAUUUUACAUAUGCUGAAGUAUUGCGUAAUGCUGAUAAAAAGAAAACGGCUAGAAUGAAUAAUCAUCGUCGAAAAUAAAGUCUGAACUUUCUUAUUUUUAAAUUAAUAAUAUUAUUG